CAUGCCAUGGCUAGCCAUGCACUGCGCACAUCGACCGAACACCAGGUAGCAGGAAGCUAGCUAGCUAGCUAGCUAAGCCAUGGACGUGUACAGGCGAGAGCAGUACGGCUACGGCGGGUACGGCUAUGGCGGCGGCAUCGCGACGCCGGGGUACGCGCCGGCGGCGCCGUACGGGAUGUCGCACGUGAACGUCGAGGGGAACGGCGGGGGGCGGCCGCUGCCGCCGCAGCCGACGGUGAAGGUGUACUGCCGCGCCAACCCCAACUACGCGAUGACGGCGCGCAACGGCGCGGUGGUGCUGGCGCCGGCGAACCCCAAGGACGACUACCAGCACUGGAUCAAGGACAUGCGGUGGAGCACCAGCAUCAAGGACGAGGAGGGCUACCCCGCCUUCGCCCUCGUCAACAAGGCCACCGGCCAGGCCAUCAAGCACUCCCUCGGCCAGUCGCACCCUGUGAGGCUGGUGCCGUACAACCCGGAGGUGCUGGACGAGUCGGUGCUGUGGACGGAGAGCCGCGACGUCGGCAAUGGCUUCCGCUGCAUCCGCAUGGUGAACAACAUCUACCUCAACUUCGACGCCUUCCACGGCGACAAGUACCACGGCGGCGUCCGCGACGGCACCGAAAUCGUGCUCUGGAAGUGGUGCGAGGGCGACAACCAGCGCUGGAUGAUCCAGCCCUACUACUAAUAUAACUAAUCGAUCGACACACUAUUUUUAAUUAGCUUAAUUAUACAUACAUAUAUAUAUCCCAAUCGAUGCAGCUCGAUCUAUAUAUACAUCUAUCUCUACCUGAUGAAGUGGCCGAUCGAUCAGCUAGCUCGCUACUUGCCCUUGCCCGUUACUGCAUAUCGAGCUAGCUUAAUAAUUGAUAUGGUCGUAUAUGUAUGUAUGAUACGUAAUUACCGUGUGCUGUACUUGUAUAUGUACAAGCCGUUACAUGGCAAUAAAGCUCCUUUCGCUGGGCGACUGGUAUAUA